CUCUUCUAGUACACUGUAGAAGAAGCGUUCAAACGUAAGGUAGCAGAGGCGCAGUUUUCCUUCUCUACUUGACUUCGGCAGCGGUUGUGUGCGAAAACAAGGGUCAUUGUGAGGAACCACCCGGCGUGUGAACAGUCGAGACAUGCGUGUCAAUGCGAAGCUGCUCGCUAAUUACCAGAGGCAGACGGUGUGUCUCGUCGGCAAAGUCCUGCAGUGCGAACCCCAGGGCAUGUCGUUCAAGAUGGAAUCCCCAGACAAGCAGGUCGUCCAAGUGAUCAUGAAGAAUCCAAUUCAAGAACCACUGGAGGGCAUCAUUGAGGUAGUUGGUGAAGUCACUGCUAAGUCAGCGAUUGUCUGCGAAAGUUACGUGCUUUUUCCGCCUGCAGUGGUGGAAAACUUUGACAUGGGCACUUACAAUGCUGUUGUCGAGACCAUACAGAAUGCCAAGGAUUAUUACCCAACCAUGGCCCCUGCGUAACGUCAUGAAUCUAUGGCACUUUAUUUUUUUUUUUUUAUGUCUGGCACUGACAAGAGCCUGUUGGGUCCUGGUAUGAGAACAUUCGUAUUGCAGUGUCAGCAUUGCAGGAAGUGAACAUUUUAUUUGUUUAUGGCAAAGUAAAACAAUCGGCACAAGAAUUUCUCGCA